CUAACUUCAAGUAACCCAUGCACUCCCUCUUGCUCCAUCUCUCCCCCACCCAAGUCGCACCAGGUUCCCGUUCUAACCUAGCAAAUAGCUAACCAUGGCCUGUUUCCUUUAUCAUUGUUACAUUUUUGCAGAUCUUUAAUUCAUUUGUUCUAUAUCUUUCUACAUCACUGUCUAUAUCUCUUGUUUCCCUUUCCCCUAAAAGUCUGAAGAAGGGUCUCGACCCGAAACGCCACACAUUUGUUUCUCUCCAGAGAUGCUGCCAGUCCCGCUGAGUUACUCCAGCAUUUUGUGUCUAUCUUUGGUUUAAACCAGCAUCUGCAGUUCCUUCCGACACAUAAUGUGCUGGGAAUAUUAAUUUGGUAAAAUUAAUUGAGGGAUCUAAAUUGUGGAAUAACAAGACAAUCUAACCUACAAGACAAAUUAAAAUAACAAUUGGUAGGGACAAGGAAGGAAAACUUGCACACGUUACAGGUCACAGGAGUCUGGAAUCAGCAAACAAAAUACCUAUUGAGAAAUUAAGUCACUUCAAUGAAGCAUCCAGAAUAACUUGCUUUCAUUUAAAACACAAUGCUCCCGAUUAGAAAUUUAAAUGUAAAAUUCUGAAAACACUCAGCAGCUCAGGUUUUGGGUUGAUAUUUUAUAAUUUGCAAUUUCAUAGAAUCAUGCAGCAUGGUAACAGGCCCUUCGGCCCAACUUGUCCAUGCUGACCAAGAUGCUCUAUCUAAGUUAGUCACAUUUGACCACAUUUGACACAUAAUUCUCGAAGCCUUUCCUAUCCAUGCACCUGUCCAAAUAUCUUUAACAUGUUGUUAUAGUACCUGUCUCAACUACUUCCUCUGGCAGCUCAUUCCAUUUGCCCGCCACCCUCUGUAUGAAAAGGUUGCCACUCAGGUUCCUAUUAAAUCUUUCCCCUCUCACCUUAAACCUAUGUCCACUGGUUCAUGUUUCCCCUACUCUGCGUAAAAGACAGUGCAUUUACUCUAUCUAUUCCUCUCAUGAUCUACAUAUAUUCAUAAGAUCAUGCCUCAGCCUACUGUGAUUCAAGGAACAAAGCCCUAGCCUGCCCAACCUCUCCCUAUAGCUCAGGCACCUCGAGAAACUUCCAUAACUGAAACACUGCUAUUGGAAGAUAUUCACAAUGCUUCUGAUUAACAUCAAGAAGCUAGAGUAUUUUAUGGUCAUAUGUCCCAAAAAACAUGAUUUUAUACAAAAUGAAUGUAUACAAAAUAUCUUUUUAUAGAAGAUGGAGCUGUUCUCACUGCUUGGUUUGGGAACAGCUCCAUCCAAGACAGCAAGAAAUUGCAGCGAAUUGUGGACCAAUCCCAGACCAUCACACAAACUAACCUCCCUUCUAUUGACUCCAUUUAUAUCAUAUGCUGCCUUAGCAAGACCGGCAGCAUAAUCAAGGACGAGUUGCACUCUGGCCACUCGCUCUUCCCCCCUCUCCCAUCAGGCAAAAGGUAAAGGAGUGCAAAAACACACACCUCCAAAUUUGGGGACAAUUUCUUCCCAGCUGUUAUUAAACAACUGAAUCAUCCUACCACAAUGACAAUAAACUAAACUGUAAACUGUACACUUCUGUAAGAUCACCCUCCGCCUCCUUUGGUCAUAAGAUCAUAAAUCAUGAGAUCACAAGUGAUAGGAUUAGGCUUUAACUGGACAAGGUAAAAUUGUCACCAUCAGUCUGAAGAAGGGUUUCAGCCCGAAACAUUGAUUAUUUCCUUCGCUGAGUUUCUCCAGCUUUUUUUUGUGUACCAUAGGAUGAGGCUAUUCGGCCUAUCAAGUCUACCUCCUAACCCCAUUCUCCUGCCAUCUCCCCAUAACCUCUGACACCCGUACUAAUCAAGAAUCUAUCCACCUCUGCCUUAAAUAUAUCCUUUGACUUGGCCUCCACAGGCUUCUGUGGCAAAUAGUUCUAAAGAUUCACCACAGAUGGUAAAUGUACUAACUUUACAAUCGCAUUUCCCCUAGGUUUGCAGGAUGCCACUGCACCAUGAAUUGCCAUUGCACCAUGUAUUUAAAAGACACGCUUCUAUUAAAUGAAAAGCUUGGAGACAGCUAUGGAGCAGCUGUAGAUUUAUGGUAAUGUCAAGCAGUUUGGGACUUCAGCCUAAACAGAUCAAUAUGGAACACCAUAUCCCAAUUCACCCUUUACCUGAAGAUAUCCAACAGAUGCCCCAGAAUGAGACCGUUUGUAAAUAUUGUGGAGUUAGUUACCUGAUACAUCACGAAUUUAAAUUAAUGGAAGAAAAAUUAAAAGCAAUGGAAGCAGAAUUGGAAUAUUACCGUGACAGUGUUGUUCGGGAAAAGAAAUUGCAAGGAGAACUUUAUUCAAUAAACCAGUGUGUGGAACAGCUGAAAAAUGAUAACGGAGAGAAGAACGAACGAUUGAACGUCAUGAGUGGGCAACUAGCGACCAAGCAGAAAGAACUGGAGGACUCGCUUCUGAAAACGGAGGUCAUUUCAGGCCAGCUAAUCGAAGCACAGAGCCAACGAAAACUUUUCAGGGAAAGAACAAAGCGGCAAGGACACGUUGUGGAGCAAGCUGCCUCUUCCCUUCAUGGAAUAAAGAUUGAGCUAGCUAAGCUUAAGGAGGACGUAAGGGGCAACUUGGCGAUAUGGGACCCUUUCAGCAAAACUCUGGCGCACUGCCUGAAGGUCACAAACAGUUCUGUACAGUUGGAAAUGUUUGGAUUGCAAGAAAGCGUUAAGAAAUCAAACGAGGAGGUUGAUGCUCUUCAACAUCAAGUAAAAGAACUGCAUCUUUCAACAAGUACGGUUGUAUCACAAACCCAACAAAUUAAUGACUUAGCACAGAAGAAGUCCUUGCUUCAAAUCAGAUGUCAUGAGUUGCAGGAGCAUGCACUCGAUCUGGAAAAUCAAGUUAACACUCAGCAGCUACAUUUCCAGAAAGUUACCGAGGAAAAGGAACACGGCAAAGAAUUGUUACUGAAUAAAUCUAAAGAAGUGGCAGAUCUUCUUUCAAGGCUAACUAAACUGGAGUGUGCAGAUGAAGAACAGCAAUCCAGACAUUGCAAGGAAAUAAAGGAAAAAGAGGAAACAUGGCUGCGUUGUGUACAGAAGUGUAAAGGCUUAGAAGAGCAACUGGAGGUGAAAGUCCGUAAGGAGUCGGAAGUGGAAAACCAAUCUUCAAAAUCUCUGAGUGAAAUUAUGACUCUAAAAGAUGCCCUUGGUCAAGUGGAGGAGAAGCUUGUGGCAUUAAAACAGGAAAGGGAACAGAUGAUAAUUUCACAUCAAAACAGGAUUGAGCAGUUGCAAGAAAGCUUUCGACAGAAGCUAAGCAGUGAAGAAAGCUGGAGAGCAAAAAUGGAUUCAGAGUUAUCCAAGCAGCAUGCAAAACAUUCCACGGAUCUGAAGGAGUUAACACGGCAAAUGAAGGAAGAGGCAAAGGUUGAAAUAGAUAUUGAGAGAGAAAGACAUCAAGAGCUGAUAACCAAAUACAGAGAAGAAUACAAGGCACUCCAGACAAAGGUUCCCGAUUUAGUCAAUGCUGCAACCAAAGAAUUUCAGAUGGAAAUCAGUAGCGUGAAGAUAAAGCUUCAGGAGGCCCAGUGCCAACUCAGCCAGGAGGAGCACUGCAGAGACGAUGAAAUCAGUAAACUGGGAAAAAUAAUCUCUCGGCUGGAGACCCAGUUGAAACAGGAACAGAACAGAGUAGAGUCCAUGAACGAGGAGCUGAGGACUGAAGUGCAGCAGAAAUCUAUCGAGACAAGAGAAAGCCAACAGGUGAUACUGCAACUCAGAGAGGAGCUGUGCCAGACUGAAGAAGAGAAUACUUUCCUUGCGGAAACCGUGCGCAGAGAGUGCGUGGAGCGCUACGAGCUGACGGAGGCCCUCACUCAGGCCCGAGAACAACUGAAGGAAUUCAAGAAGCUGAGCAGAGAGCUCCCACGUUCUCAGCCGCCAGCCAGCCAAGGAAGCCUGAGCUCUUCGUCCUCGCACGCGAGCAGCCAGGCGCGCAAGUCACAAAGCUCUCCCUCCAACAGCAGUUGGUCAAAAGCCAACGGCUUGCAAGGGCUCCCGGCAAGAACCAGUCCCUUAAACAGUGCCGGCUGCACCUCUUUGCCAGCCAUCCCAGUGCUGCACCCAGCAAAGGGGAGGACAGCAUCUGUCAGUGAAAUCAAACAGAGGAUUGCAGCGGCUGUAAAAAGAAAAUAGUCUGGGUCCACAAUCAGGGUGCUUGCGAAUGGAAUCAACGCGACCAGACUAUUCAUCAUUGUACAGGCUUGAAUAUAUUGGAUCCUAGUGAUGAACUUAAACCAUGUGUCUUCUGCAAAGUGGUCGUGCAUUCAUCUAAGUCAAGGUUACUAAUUGCAGUUUCCUAAUGAUCCUGACAAAUCAUGACCUGCUGACAAAUAGAAUGAUUCUCAAGUCCAUUGACGCAGCAUUCUUCCUUGUGCUUUCUCUGGUGCCCCGUAUGCUUUCAUUUUUAGCGUGGAGUACUCACAAUUUAGCAAGGUACUCACAAGGGUGUGCCAACUCAGGGUCUAUGUAUUUUCUUUAGCACACAUUCUAUUUCUAUCUUUUUGAAAUAUCCAAACAAAGCUCUGGGACUCAUUUCCAAUCUUCAUCAGCUUUUAUGCCAGUAGGGACGGCACGGUAGCGCAGCAGGUAGAGCUGCUGCCUCACAGCGCCAGAGACCCGGGUUCGAUCCUGACCUCGGGUGCUGUCUGUGUGGAGUUUGCACGUUCCCCCUGCAGUGCAUGGGAUUCCUCCUUGUGCUCUGGUUUCCUCCUACAUCCUAAAGACGUGCGGGUUUGAUCUGUAAAUUACCCCUAGUGUGUAGGGAAUGGAUGAGAAAGUGGGAUAACAUGGAACGCGCCAACAGGCGAUCGAUGGUCGGCAUGGACUCAGUGGGCCAAAGGGCCUGUUUCCAUGCUGUGUGUAUCCAUUAAUGAAUUUUAAUAAUUGAUGCUUCAGUUCUCAAUCUUCAUAUUCAUUUACCCCAUUUAUAGAUGCAUGUUAUUGUGCUAUUCCCCACGGCCUUCAUUUGGCAAUCACGCUUAGGUGGGCCUUCGUUACGUAUACGAGUCCCACUUCAUCAUAAAGUAAAAGAAACCAAUAUGAGCAAGUUUCUGCCUACAAAGUUCAUGUCAUAGAAGCAGAAUUAGGCCAUUCGGCCCAUCAAGUCUACUCUGCCAUUCAAUCAUGGCUGAUCUAUCUCUUCCUCACAGCUCCAUUCUCCUGCCUUCUCCCCGUAACCCUUGACACCUUGCUUUUGCCUUGUGCCUAAUAGGACAUUACAGUGUCAGGGCCUUGAUAAAAAUAUUUAUCAACUGGUCAUACACUAUUCGUUUCCAAAUGUUAGUUCAGUUUAGAGAUACAGCGCUGAAACAGGCCCUUCAGCCCACCAGGUCCGUACCGACUAGUACCCCACUAGUACACACUAGGGACAAUUUACAUUUAUACCAAGCCAAUUAACCUACAAAUCUGUAUGUCUUUGGAGUGUGAGAGGAAACCAGAACAUCCGGAGAAAACCUACACAAGUCACGGGGAGAACGUACAAACUCCGUACAGACAGCACCCAUAGUCAGGAUUGAACCCGGGUCUCUGGCGCUGCAAGUGCUGUAAGGCAGCAACACUACUGCUGCGCCACCGUGCCAAAUACCAAAGGUUUUAUCAUAUGUUAUUUUUCCAGCAACAGCCAUUGAAUAUCUUGAGGCACCCUGGUUUUGUUCCCUCUUUUAUAAAUACGUAGUAUUUCACAAAUCUAUCAGUUCUCUGAUACUGUUCCAUUAUCGCCUUCCUUGGAUAUGCAUAAAUGUCAUUGAUCAUAUACAUAUGCCAUAUUUCAAAUUUGAGUAUCAUCUCCCCUUAAUUUUGAUAUUGCUUCAUUGAAAUUAAAUAUAUAUGUUUGAUUACUCAAUUGAGAAUUAAUUUGACAUUAAAAUAUAGUCUUAGUUUAUCCUUGCCAAAUUGAAUUAAAAUUAAAUAGAUCUUCCAAAAUAUUUCCUUUUAGUCUUCAACUGUAUAGUUUAGCAUGAUGAAAUACGAGUUGAAAUAUUUUAUAAGUUUAUAAAGAUGAAUAUUUUUAUAGUAACCCAUGGAUGGAUAAUAACAAAAGUAAUAAUAAAAAAAGUUUUAAACUGUAAAUGGAAAUAUACGUAUUCUCGUUUGCUUUCUUCUGGUGCAAAGUUAACUGCGUGAUUCCCAAUGUGAUUUACAAUCCUAAAGAUAUUGGAAUGAGAAAAAGAGACGGAUGAAAUCCAUAUGAAAAGCACAUUAAAAUUUCUCUGAACUUUAGAAAGAAAAAUAUUAUUCUACGUGCCUGUUGCAACGUUCCUGAUCUGCAGCAUUCGAUAAAUUAAAGUCUCAUUUUCGAGUGAAUCAGCUGCUGCAGCCCAGCUGCCUCUGGAUCUCAAGAAUGUACGUUGGUGCAUUCCAACAAUGUCGGCUUGGAAGUCGGGCAGUUUGGCUCAAGAAUCCACAAAUUGUGCUGUUCUGUUUGAAGAAACACAUGGAACAAUUUACGGAGGUAAAGCCCAUCAAUUGAAUGCCACAUUUAGGGAAGGUUGAUUUGGACAUGUUGAAGGCGAAGAAAUAACGUGUUAAUUAUGCCAGUUCAUUUGCAAAAUGUAUACGUAAUAUAUUUGUCAGGUGGCACUACUUUUAUUAAUAUUGUCCAAAUUUAUAUGGGGUCAGCGCCAUAUAUUUGUAACCAUUUUACGAUCAUGUUGCACACAAUUUCAAAAUUAAGUAUUGAUGCAGAGUAUUUUGACGCUGUAUUGUCAUCCAUGCAUCGGUUUUGCCUUACAGCACUAGAGACCUGGGUUAGAUCCUGACCUCGGAUGCUGUUUGUACAGAGUUUGUACGUUCCCUGGUGUGACCACGUGGGUUUCCUCUGGGUGUUCCACCUUCCUCCUACAUUCCAAAGACGUGCAGGUUUGUAGAUCAAUUGGCUCCGUAAAUUGUCCCUAGUGUGUAGAAUAGAACUAAUGAACAGGUGAUAGUUGAUUGACGUGGACUGGGUGGGGCGAAGGGCCUGAUUCCAAGCUGUAUCUCUAAUACUAAAUUAAAACUAUUGCGCAACCAAAGGACAAAGGACAUUUAUUGUCACAUACACCAAUUGGUGCAGUGAAAUUUGAGUGACCAUGCAGUACACAAAUAAGAUAAACACAACAUUAUAGAAUUUAACACAAAACAUAAAAAACAUUCCUCCACCGCAGAAUCAACGUUUCCCACAGUGACGGAAGGCACCAAAGUUCAGUCCCCUUCCUCUGUUCACCCGUGGACGGGGCCUAUUGAGGCCUCCGCAGUCGCCACUACGGGCCCGGUGUUUCAGGCCCUCGAACAGAA